ACACAGGAAGUACUGCUUUUACUAUUUCUGUUUGACAAAUGUUCUUAAUAAAAUCCAGGUGUUACCAAUGUGAAAGAUAUUGAGCUGCUACAUUUACCAGCCAACACAGUGCGAGGGUAAGCUGAAAACUCAGGCCAGACUGGAGCGUCAAGGUCCAAGACUUUGCCAAUGACAGCGCCAUGGAGUUUGAGCCUCUUACAGAUUACCCGGCCAUUGCUGCAGAUAGACACAAGCCCUUGAAGGUUCUGUCGCUCUUUGACGGUAUUACAACAGGAUACCUGGGGCUCAAGGACCUUGGCUUCAAGGUGGAACGCUACAUUCCGUCAGAGAUUUGUGAGGAUUCCAUCGCGGUGGGUAUGAUCAAGCACGCUGGCAAGAUUGAAUACGUCAGCGACGUCUGCACCAUCACAAGGAAACACCUCGCUGAAUGGGGCCCUUUUGACCUGCUGAUUGGAGGAAGUCCUUGCAACGACCUCAUGGUCAAUCCCAUACGGAAAGGUUUGUUUGAUUGCACCGGAAGGUUCUUCCUUGAAUUCCACCACAUUUUGGAAUGA